AUGGACAUUCCAAAGAAGGCUUGUGAUCGCCGGAUCAAUGAAUUUGUUAAACGUGCAAGAGCUGCCAAGAUUCAUGCCUACAUAAUUAGCCAUCUCAAAAAGGAAAUGUUGUCUUUUAUGGGCAAAUCCAAAACUCAGAAGCGACUUAUAAAUAAUCUUGAAGAUGUAUUUGCAAAGAAAAAUUUGGGUAACAGGUCCAGCGCGAACAUCAUCUACCAACUAGUGACUGACUUCCCGAGUGUGGAGAACUUUAUGGAAGUUCUGAGUCGUUAUAACAUUGAGGAGUUUGAGAAAUUGAAACUUAAAAUGAUUCAGGCUGUUGAUGACAUGCUUGGACAUGACAUCCCUGCAGUUUUUAAAAAAUAUUAG